AUGAAUGGCGAGAUCGCCGCGAAUCCGCGGUUAUCUUCCCCGUCCUCCCGAAAUGCCUCCGCGCUACAAGGCGCCUCCAUCGCCUUUCAACAGUCCCGUCCAUCGUCUACCGUGAACAAAGCCCCAUCUGCUGCUGCUGCUGCCGCCGUGGCUAGUAGCUGGAAUCGUCAUGCAGAAUCUAAUCGUUCAAAUAUGGAUUCCGACCCUGGUCCUGAAGUCGGCUCCGUGCGCGACAAGAUUGGAAGGUUGACAACAAAUUCCCUAUCCCCGCCAACUAGCGAAUCUCGCGUGAGAGGACGAACAUCCCCAUCCCCAUCAUCACUAUCCCCCGGGCCCGAACAGAUCGCUGCCCGUCUUGCUGCGUCGCGAUCACCCGAUAGGAGACAGGAGGCAUCCUCCGCCACUGCUGCCGCAAGGCUCGGAGCGAUGCGCAGUGCCAGCAGAGCAGCGCCGCCAUCCCGACCCGCCGAAGAACGACGAGAGCUACGCUCACCAACCCCAAUUCGACCUACUCCUCCGAUCAAAAGCCCUGUGGAUAGUAUGCUUCAGGAUGACCCUCCAAACAUCGGUCUCGAAUCUACGAUCCGGCGCCCGCUGUCUGCCCAAUCCAAAACAAGCAGUGUCUCCAGAGCGAGCAGUGUAUAUUCCGCAGCCCCGAGCCCUCAUCCUUCUAUUACGCCUCGGUCCCCAGCUGUGCCCACCGAAGAUUUCAAACCAACGCUUCCUCCGCGAACCCCCACCGGUCUCUCCUCUGCGUCCUCCAUCGUGUCCGUGGCCGGGUCGAUCAAAAAGAAGCCGGUCGGGGCCGGUGGUGGAUCCUUGGUUCGCGCGAACACCCCAAGUAUGGGGUCUAUGUCGGUGGCAUCACACAACAGUAACUCGAGCGCGAUACAUGAAUCGGGCGGCAUGACCGAGGAAGCUCUAUCCAAUGCCAUUGUCGCAUCCUCCUUGGCAUCGGCUCGAGCAUCCCCCGUAUCCAAAUUGGCUCCACCACCUCCCCCACAACGGCGGCGGGCACGAUCUCGGUCCCUCUUACAGCAGCUAGCGCCUUCACCGAAGAGCGAUCUUUCAAGGACGCCAAGUCCACCCAAGGGCAUGCCACAGACUCUGCGCGGCAUGCCGAAAGCCGACGAAGCCGAAGACCGCCACCGGUCUAGAAUGCAUUUGAUCCACAAACACCCGCACAAACAUCACGAAGGAGAUCGGAAACGAUGGCGUCGGGAGGUGACGGAGAAGGAACGUAAACGCUAUGAGGGGGUUUGGGCCUCGAACAAGGGGUUGCUCAUCCCUCCUGGGUGGGGCAAUGGCGGAGAACGACGAGCGCAACCUGCGGACAUGGUGUUGAACCUUGUUGUGCGGGAGAUCUGGUCGCGCAGCCGCUUGCCACCCGCCAUGCUGGAGCAAGUGUGGGAGCUCGUGGAUCACCAGCGCAUCGGGUUGCUGACGAAAGAAGAAUUUGUGGUUGGAAUGUGGUUGAUCGACCAGCUGUUGAAGGGCCAUAAACUACCAACCAAAGUACCGGAGAGUGUUUGGGACAGUGUGCGGUAUGUGACAGGCAUUCGAUUAACGACGACUGGCAGUAAGGCCUACCCAUGA